UCACAAUUAAAUUAGAGAGAGAUGGGAGAGAGGCAUUGUUACAAGGAUGUGAUUCCAUUCAUUGCAAUGGUUGGAAUAGAGUGUACAAACGUUGGUGUCAAUGUUCUAUUCAAAGCAGCAAGUCAAAAGGGAUUGAGUCACUUUGUAUUCAUUGCUUAUUCAUUUCUUGUCUCCACUCUUGUUUUCCUUUUGCCUCUGCCCUUCUUUCUCAAAUGGUCAAGAGAGCUUCCUCCUUUGAAUGUAUCUCUAAUCUUCAGAAUUUUUCUUCUUGGAGUUAUUGGAGUUGUAGGUCAGCUUUGUGGAUAUAAAGGACUUGAAUACACUUCACCUACUCUUUCUUCUUCUCUUGGAAACCUUGUGCCUGCAUUUACAUUCAUCCUAACUAUCCUUUUCAGGAUGGAGACAUUAAAUUUAAGAUGCAAAAGUAGUAAAGCAAAAAUAUUGGGAUCUAUGGUAUCAAUAUUAGGUGCACUCAUAGUUGUUCUUUAUAAGGGUCCAACAAUCAUACCCUCAUCAUCAACUACUAUUGAUUCUUCAAUUGCCUCAACAUCACAAUCAAAUUGGGUUCUUGGUGGAUCUCUACUUGUGAUUGCAUAUAUUUUUGUUCCAAUUUGGUACAUUAUUCAGACUAGUGUGAUAAAACAAUAUCCAGGCGAGGUCAUUGUGGUCUUUUUAUACAACCUAUGCGGAGCAAUAGUGUCUGUACCACUAUGCUUACUACUAGAAACAAACUUGAAUGCUUGGAACAUAGGUCUUGAUAUAUCGUUGGCCUCUAUUUUAUCCUCGGGAUUCUUUUGCACAGGACUAAGUUGUCUUAUUCACACUUGGGGUCUUCGUAUUAAAGGCCCUCUAUAUAUCUCUCUCUUCAAGCCUUUGUCAAUAGCUAUUGCUGCAUCUUUUAGUGUUCUAUUUCUUGGUGAUGCACUCUAUUUUGGAACUGUAAUUGGAGCAGCAAUAAUAUCAAUUGGGUUUUAUAGUGUUAUGUGGGGAAAAGCAAAAGAAGAAUCGAAUGAAGACUAUUUUGAUGUAGAUAGAGUUCAACCUCCAUCCAAUAGUAAGACUCCUUUGUUGAAGUGAUGCAAUGUGAUAGAUAGAGGAGGAAUCACACAUAACUAUAUAGUUGUACACGAAAUUGUCAACUAAACCUCAUUUCUUUGUUGGGCUUUCAACAUUUUGUGCAUCAAAGACCCUUCAUAUUGAUUGUGCUCAACAAAAAAAAAUUAAUUAAAUAAUCAAGCCCAUUUAUUUGAAUAGCAAAAGCAUCUCUAAUUGUUAAAGCUGAAUUCUUGGAAAAAAUUUAAUCCCUACUCUAAAAAAAACUAAUUGUAAAUCAUCUCACCGUGCCAAACCGAGAUAAAAACGUUAAUAUGAAAUUUAAAAAAUUGAAAUUCUUUUAAAAUAUUUUAAAAUUAAGAUAAAAUCGAUAUAUUUGUCGAAUUCUCUUGAAUUUAUGGUAAAUUCAAGCAUUUUUUUUCCGUAUAACCUUGAUUGAUAGACAGAUUCAGGAUUUUGUAUAUAUAUAUAUCCCAUUUUUAAAAAAAGUUUCUUUAAUUGCCAUACUUUGAAAAUUAUUUCCUUAAAUAUCCUACUCUGAAAAUUAUUUUCUUAGAAGAUUGUUUCUUGGAGAAGCGACCUCUAAGUGAAUAAUAUUACUCAAUUAGAAGUUGUUUCCCCAGGAAACGAUCUUCUAUUGAAUUUCAAAAAAUUGAUUUUCAAGUGGUUCUAUUGAAUUUCAAAAAAUUGGUUUUCAAGUGCUCGCUUCCACAGGAAACGACCUCCUAUUGAAAAAGAAAAGUAAGGCUUUUAAAGAAAUAAUUUUCAAAAUAGGGUAAUUAAAGAAUUUUUUUUUUUAAAAAGGGAUAUAUAUAUACAAAAGUCACAGAUUCAAAUAAAUUUUUUAAUUUUAAUUAGUAGAAAAACUAUUGGGACAGUGUUGAGACAUUAAUGA